AACUAUGUAUGAGAUCAAUGUAUUAGCACACUUCUGGAUCAUCCAAGCAUUCCUGCCCGAUAUGAUAGCGCGCAACGAGGGACACAUUGUCGCUUUGUCAUCGUGCGCCGGUUUCUUCGGCUUGCCCAAUUUGGUGCCAUACUGCGGCACAAAAUUUGCGGUGCGCGGUCUUAUGGAAGCGCUAAGCGAAGAACUGCGUCAUAAGAACCCACAAAAUAAUGUAAGUAAAGCUAUUUAGAAAGGGUAUUCACUCUGAUGCCUGAUCAUAUAAAAUGUAUUGAAAAUUUCUGUAGAUUUGGUCUUCUGACAGGGAGAGAAGUUGAUAUAUUUUGGAAAGAAUUUUCGUCAUCCCUUGUCAAAUUUGGUUUAAAAAC